UUUUUUUACCCGUCUAAAACGUCUCUACUUCACCCAUCAUUCCGGCUCAAGUCCCCUCCUUCAUCAGUCUUGCACGUCCUCAUUUUUGGAUUUCCGGUUCCCUUCUUGGAACCAGAAGGGAAGACUCUUUGCCUUUUCCAUCUGCUGUCCCGGGUCUACCACUCUUCUGCCUAGCCCCCAGCUCCUCUGCAGAAAUGCUGAGUGCCCGAGACAAGCCUCCGGAGGACGGAGGAGCUGGGGGGCUUCGGGGCUUCGCCAUCGACAAGAGCUUUCUCACCAACCCCAAAGGCAUCCUUCUGGAAGUUGAGCUGGAUGGUUCUGCCUUACAGGCUCUGACAUUCAUCAUGGCCAUGUGCUUUGCAGCCUCCAUCUCAGCCUACAUGGCAGCCCCCCUGCUUGAGUUCCUCAUCACUUUGGCCUUCAUCAUCCUCUAUGCUACCCAGUACUACCAGCGUUUUCAGCGCCUCAACUGGCCCUGUUUGGACUUCCUUCGAUGUAUCAGUGCUAUUGUUAUCCUCCUAGUUGUGUCUUUUGCUGCAGUUGCCUCCCGAGAGGGACCUGCCAUCGCUGCUUUUGUUUUUGGUGUUAUCGUUGUUUUUGUCUUUGUCUAUGAUGCAUUCAAGACCUACCAGACAGAGAUGGCGCCCAGAACCACUGAGGGGGACCAGUAGUGAGAGAAUCUCAGAAGUUCUGGUUUCUAGCAUGAAUCCUGUAGUUCCUAAAAGCCUCAGAAACCUGUUGGAUCUCCAGAGGCCCAACCAGCCUGAGGAGGAAUGAGCAGGGGGACAACACUUCUGCUCCUUGAGGUUCCCCCAAGGCCAGGAAGCACACAGAAUCUUGAAUGUGUAUUCAUCCAGCUUUCCAGCAACAAGACCCAGGUUGCCACUGGUUCAAAGUAGCAGACUAAUGCUGUAGAUUGAGGGGGGAAGGGAAGGAAGAGAAGAAGGGGUUGGAUCUGGUUAAGCCCUAAG